CCCAGGCCAGACAAUUCUCUCUCUCUCUCUCUCACACACACACACACAGAGAGAGCGCUGUUUAUCGAUAAAUCAACGAUUCUUUCAACUUCAAGUUGAACCUUGUAUGACUGAUUACCUUUCACGCCUCUUCCUCAAGCGAACGCUCAUACAGGAUAUGAAGUUUGUCCUGUAACCUCUAGCUUGAAGACAAGCAAUUCUGAUUGCCAAUAUUCUCUUUUCAACUUUUGGCCUCAAUCAUUGGUUGAACUCUAGGAUACUUUUGAUUUCCUUCUCAAUAAUUGGACUCUCCUUUUCAUUAUCUUGCCAAGGCUGCUUGCUAUUAUACCUAUGCGGAGAUCAUAUUUAGGUAAUUGCGUAGGAUGAGAAACUGGUAGAAGUUGUCACCUGUCAUAAUCUCCUGAUAGAAGUGCUGAGGAAAUAGAUCGUGCACAAAUUACGUUAGCAGAUACAGUAGUUUUUUUCCCGGAUGGGAUGUUUAGUGUCAACCCCAAAGGAUACUGCUGGAAAUCGACGGCGGCCAACGAACAUUGGGGAUGUUUCUGUUUUUGUUCCUGGCAUGCGGAUUCCCAAACCUACUGACUUUUCUCAAUCGCUUGGUGAAUACUUGUCUAAAAGUAUAGUUGAACGCCUUGCGGCACUUAGAACUCGUAUUGUUGUAAUGGCUGGACAAGAAGCUCCCACAAUCACAAGGACAAGAAGAAAAUCUGCCACUCAGCAUGGAGGUUCCACGCUGGCUGAUCUUCAACAGGCGCUUGAAGAUUACUUGCCUGUUCUUUUGGGAUUAGUUAAAGAUGGAAGCCCACUGCAGCAUAAAGUACAGUUCUCAUGGGUUAACCAGGAAGAUGAUGCGGAGGAAACAACAUUGUCUAAUGCUUGGUACGAGGUCUUGUCUGCUCUGCACUUGAUGGCAGUAUUAUCAUUAUCACAAGCCAACUUGCUGCUGCUCCCAAGAACAUCUUCUGAUGGUUAUCUAGCAAAAGUAUCUGAAGAGAGUAGACGUGCUGCUAUAGAUGUUUUCUUGAAGGCGGCAGGAUUCCUAGAUUGUGCUGUUAGACAAGUUCUUCCCCUUUUGCCGACAGAAUAUAGGAGGAACUUGCCAGUUGAUCUUGCUGAGGGAGUCCUUCGAGCACUUUGCCUUCAAGCAUUGGGGCAGGGUGUUGAUGUCCAACUUGGGAUGGCAAUCGAUAGCACCAAGGCCACACUUGCUGUUAAGAGAAGGCUUGCAUGUGAGAUGGUUAAGUACUGGCAGCAGGCACAAGAUAAUAUUGCAAAUAUUUCACUAUCCAAUGGUUGGGGAGAAAAACAUCAGCUCUUUGUUAAAUGGAAAUAUAUUGAAGCAAAGGCUGCUGCAUAUUAUUAUCAUGGUUUGAUCCUUGACGAAGGAAAUACAGAGAAGUUGCAUGGCAUGGCUGUGGCUGCCUUGCAGGCAGCAGACGAGUAUCUGAAAGAAAGUAAAAGAGCAUGUGAGGCUUUUAAUACCGCUACUCCUGUAUCACGAAACCCACCUCUAUGGGGAACAAUGAAGUACCUAUCAGAAAAAAUACCAAAAGAUACCUCAAGCAGGGUCCGAAUUAACCGGGAUUUGUACACCCAUGAGAGAAUCAUGGAGACUGCACCGACAUUACCAGAUUUUGCUCUGGCCCUUAAACCAGAUGAAUAUGUACUUCCUCCCGUUCACAGCUCAUGGAACGAUGAGAACUGUCAAGUCGGAUAUGGGCUCAAUAAGGUUAUGGGUGAAACAACAUAGUAACAGAUCAAAAGAAGAAAAUAAAAGCAUUACUGCAUAUAGAUGAAGCAAACUGGAUGUCAAAUCUCAUUGUUUUCUCCUCAUGGAACUGUAAUAGAGAUAUGUAGAUGUUCGGAACUGUUGACUUUUUAUGUUCUCUUUCCGCUUGUUUAUGUUAUUUUUUUCUUCUAUUUUCCACUCAUAAAUAGAAAAGCAGGUUACAUUUCUGUUGUAAAAAAAGCUGUCAAUCAAAGAAACUACAUGUCUUUUCUUCCAAAUGUAAGUUGUGAUCUAUUUAUCUACUUUGUUCCAUCGACUGAUAUUGAUUGUUUAUUUAUGUAAUU